ACCUCCAUCCUUUCCCCUCGUCUCGCCUCCACCCCCUCAAUUUCCUCCUCCUCGCCCCCCAUUUCCACCCUCCUCCCCCUCCCCCGGCCACUUCGCUAACUUGUGGCUGUUGUGAUGCGUAUUCCCGUAGAUCCGAGCACCAGCCGGCGCUUCAGCCCCCCCUCCAGCAGCCUGCAGCCCGGCAAGAUGAGCGACGUGAGCCCGGUGGUGGCUGCGCAACAGCAGCAACAGCAGCAGCAGCAGCAGCAACAGCAGCAGCAGCAGCAGCAGCAGCAGCAGGAGGCGGCGGCGGCAGCGGCGGCGGCAGCAGCGGCAGCGGCAGCUGUGCCCAGAUUGCGGCCGCCGCACGACAACCGCACCAUGGUGGAGAUAAUCGCCGACCACCCUGCCGAACUCGUCCGCACCGACAGCCCCAACUUCCUGUGCUCGGUGCUGCCCUCGCACUGGCGCUGCAACAAGACCCUGCCUGUGGCCUUCAAGGUGGUAGCCCUUGGAGAGGUACCAGAUGGGACUGUGGUUACUGUCAUGGCGGGUAACGAUGAAAAUUAUUCUGCUGAGCUCCGAAAUGCCUCUGCUGUAAUGAAAAACCAAGUAGCAAGGUUCAACGAUCUGAGAUUUGUGGGCCGGAGUGGACGAGGCAAGAGUUUCACCUUGACCAUAACAGUCUUCACAAAUCCUCCCCAAGUAGCUACCUAUCACAGAGCUAUUAAAGUUACAGUGGAUGGACCCCGGGAACCCAGAAGGCACAGACAGAAGCUUGAUGACUCUAAACCUAGUUUGUUCUCUGACCGCCUCAGUGAUUUAGGGCGCAUUCCUCAUCCCAGUAUGAGAGUAGGUGUCCCGCCUCAGAACCCACGGCCCUCCCUGAACUCUGCACCAAGUCCUUUUAAUCCACAAGGACAGAGUCAGAUUACAGACCCCAGGCAGGCACAGUCUUCCCCACCGUGGUCCUAUGACCAGUCUUACCCCUCUUACCUGAGCCAGAUGACGUCCCCAUCCAUUCACUCCACCACCCCGCUGUCUUCCACACGGGGUACUGGGCUUCCUGCCAUCACCGAUGUGCCCAGGCGUAUUUCAGCUCGAAGCCGUUACUCUCUCCGCUGAGUUGCAUCACUGACAAGCUGAAGCUCCACCAGCAGGCUUGCAGGUUUUGAUUAGUUCAGACUCCUUUAUUUCUUUCACCUUGGGAGGAGGGAAAGCUUUGUUUCUCAAGCAAAUAGCAGGAAAGGUCUCUCUGGUCCUAGUGCCUUCACAUUUUCUGCAGCAGAUGGACUUCCAUGGGGGUGAGUAGGGAACAAACAGGGGUGGAGGGAGAACUGCAAGAGUCUUUGGAAAACCACUUUUCAUUUAUGAUUGCUAUUACUAUUUUUAUGAAUCACACGGUAUUUACUGGAGAAUUGUGCAGAGUAUAGACUUUUAGUUAUCAACUCCCUUGACUGGAAUCUCUAUCUCCUUUAGGCAGACGUUAAUUAAAAAAACAGGAAAGGAGGAGUAGGCACAGAAUGGGAUAACAAAAGCUGGUGUCGGGGUGAAGUCCCAGAAUUUGAAGGUGUUGAGUUAGUUCUGGUCCUUCCUUCAGUAUUUCAUACCAAGAAUCUGUUUUAUUUUACAUAGGGCCAAAAUUUGUGCAAAUUUAUUGUGUGUAGAGGUCUCUUUGGGCUUCCGUCUGCCCAACCCUCUGCAACUGAAGCAGAUUUUGCUCUUUUUUUUUUCUGUAGCAGUACCUAGAAGAAAAAACCUCAGGGGACCGUUAUAGUUAUAGAGACACUUAUCUAUAGCAUUUGCUUACUGAAGUGUAUUUGUAUGUGAAUUCACCAGGAAAACCAUUGACAAUAACAUUGAAAGGAUGCUGCUUGAACAGAUAGUCAACACAGCUUAUCAUUUACAUGUGUAGUGAAGAACAAGUCAGAUUAUUUUGAGUCAGUUUAUUGAGAAGUUCUUAAAAAUUUCUAUAAAACACACCAUAACUCUUCCUGUUCCACAGAGAAGUGGGUAGGAUAACUGGUUAGUUAUACAGCUGUUUAUUGAUCUUUGGCCAAAUGUAGAAAUGAACUCCUGCUUAAACUGGUUUAAAAGUGAGUUUAAUCUAGUUUUUUCCUCCUCACAAGCAUCUCUGUGAGUUAUUGGUAAAGAAGUAAAAUGGGGCCAAGGUGGGAGGUUCUGUAUAAACAUACAGAGAACAGAAAAUCCCUCUUGUCAGCAUGUAGGGAAACAGGAAGAAACAAUUAGACAUGGACUGUCAGGGAACUGGAGGAACCCUGCUUCACCUGACCUUGCUCUUGGCUGCGGAGUUGUGCCUGCACACUGGAGCACUGCCUGAUGGACUUGGGGGUCAUGUCUGGAGUGGGCACCUUCUUUACUUCACUGGGACCCAUCCUGAGAACCUCUUUGGAGUCGAGCCUGACUCAUAGGUUUCUAGAGGCCAGGUUAAACAGUUUCUAUUUUAUUAUUAUUCUCCUCAAUAUCUAACUCCAUCCUUAAGAUCCAUGACUAUAGAGCCUUCUACAAGUGAGACUUCAUAAUGAGGUGUGUGUGUGUGUGUGUGUGUGUGUGUGUGUGUGUGAGCUUCAAUGUCUUAGUAAAUAAAACUCUCUCGACUGAGACAACUCCUGGGACAACUGCUGUUUCCCUGUAACAUGGGCAGCUAAGCUAUAAACCUCCAUCAACAUCCCUAAACAGUCCUGUGAUCCCUUUUUGAGAUGCUUUCCAAAGCAGUACAUCUUUUCAUGAACAGAAAUCAGUCCUUAUAUGAUUUUUGGGUGAGAAAGAAUACAGUUUUUCACUUACAUAGUAAGAUUAGAGGUACAGAUCCAAGUUUGAAUUAUAGCUUUUAUAAAUAUCAGGCAAGCUUCUUACUUGUCUGAAACUUGAUUUUAUUAUUUGUAAUAGGGAUAAAUAUUUAUCUCCUCAAUUAUUGUGAGGGUAUAAAGGACUCAGGAUAGGCCUGACUGAUACAGUAUGUGCCAAAUAGAUCAUAGCUGAUAUUUUAAAAAUUAUAUAUCCAUACAUAAUUUGUUGGCAAGUCUUGGCCUAAAUGAAUCAAGUAAACAAAAUUUUAAACUUUUAAAGGGGAUUUAAAAAAUGGAUCACCACAGAACACAUAGAAAAUAAAGUCCUUUGGAAUAUUUAAAUAUUUAAAUGAGCUAAUAUUCUCAUGGCAUUCAGAAAGCACUUAACACAGUACAUAGUGCAUGGAAGUACUUAAUACAUUUAGAGGGAAGGAAACAGGGAGAGAGGAAUAGAAGAAAGGAGAAGUACUGGGGACUAAAUUAGAGCAAAUUAUGUUCUGUACUUUUAUAAUUAUAUCAAAAUGAAUCCUAAUAUUACAUAUAACUAAAAAGAACCAAUAAAAAGGAAAGACAUUGUAAUACAAUAAUAAAUUCAACUGACGUAUUUAAAAAAUAUUGAAUAAUUGAAGAGAACCUAAAAUAGGAAAAAGUUAAAUAAAUUUUGGUAGAAUUAAAAAAAGUACCCACACAUUUUCUGUUUUUAUUAUGUAGAUUUAAAAUAAUAUUUAAAGGGAUAAAAGCAACUAGGUGCUAUUCCCAAAAGGUCAAUAAAACAUUAAGAAAAAAUAGCUAUUUAAUUAUGUCAUAAAAUAGAAAAUGUUGAGUUACACUUACUUUGACUAGGCAUGAUAAUGUUCUGUUCCAAGGGCUUAGAGGAAUAAAGAAAGAUUCUGUAGGAAGAUAUUUUUAGAAAGAAAGAAAUUGUGUUUCAUCCUAAAAUAACAUGUCAAAGAAAGACCAUGAUUUAAUCUAUUUAAAGAUCUUUAGAGGACCUAAUUUUACAAUUUCCUUUAUUAUUCUUCUUCCUUCAGAAUACUGUUUCAAGUGUGGCACAGUGCUAGAACUUAGUGAAUUAUAAUAAUGAUGAUGAUAUUAUAUCAUUUAAUUCCUGUAGCCUUCAUCAUAUCCUUUUUGGAAAGAAAUUAUAAAUGAAAUAAAGAUAAAAUAAAACGAUAAAGGUAUAUUAUCUACAAUCCCUACUUAACUGCAGAGAAAGAUGUAUACUACAUAUUUUAAAGUUCAGAGUACAGUAUAAAGACUCAGGAAUAUUUCCUUAAUUUUAUAUACCUUAAAUAUUGUAACAAGAAUCAUAAUAGAGCUGAAUUCAGUGGCAUAUAACUGUAAUCUCAGUUUCUGGAGAGGUUGAAGUAGGAGGAUUACAAAUUUGAAGCCAACCCUGGCAACUUGGUGAAAUCCUGUCUGAAAAUAAAAUUUAAUUAAGAGGUUUGGGGAUGUAGCUCAGUUAUAGAAUGCCUCUGGGUUCAAUGCCCUGAACCCCAUCACACAGAAAAAAAUAAAUAUAUAACAGUUAUAGAUUAUAGGUUUAUAACUGAACAAUAUGUAAUUGCCACAGAAUUGACAAGUAGGGUCUACUUUACUGUAAUGUGUUUGGAUUAUACUCAGUUAAAUUGUAAAGACUAAAUACUACAUAUCAGAAGCCAGUCUGAUGACAUUAUAGUGCUGAAGCAGCCCUGUGGGAGUUGGUCCUCCUCCCCCUCACUUACUAUGAUAAGUAUGGUCUUAUCAUGUAAUAAGCUGUAUUUAAGUACCAUCCUUUAUCCCCCAAAUGAUUUUAUAUGUCAUCUCAAUUUUAUAUGGUCUUAAAAGAAUAUUUCACUAUACAGAGGUAACCAAAGUUAUUUCUAAGUGAGUCUGUUAAAAGUGCAUGGUGUGACAAAGCAAGGACCAGCAAAUUGUACACAACCCUAACUAUUGCAUGUCUUUAUAAUUGUAAUGAUAUCAUCCAUGGCAUUUUGGAUGUUCAAAGCACUUGUGAAGCUUGACACAAGAUUAUAAUUACUUUUCUGGAGGUUAUUACAAAAUAAUUGCUGACCUUCAAAGUGUAUUUGUAUUUAUGUAAUAAUCCUAUCAUGAAAAGAGGCACAACUGUUUAUAGAGUCUGGUUCUUGACUUGAAGGUCAGAUAUGAACUCUUAUUAAUAAUUUUCCUAAAGAAGAACCUACGUGAUUUUUUUUUUUACUGUACAUAACUCCUUCCCAUCUCACCCAUUUGAAUGAAAUAGCUUUGAUUGACCCAACACUGUCCCACUGUUUGGCACACAGGAGGUGGAAGGGACUUACAUACAUAUUUGUCUCUGAUCUUGGUUAUUGUGUACUUCUCUGAUGCUCUCUGGAGGAAUCAUAGAAACUUUGGAGAUAUUCAUUGGAAAUGCAUAGGGAAGGGUCAUAGACGUUGGCUGCCUUAGUUGCUCUGGAAAGUCACUACAUGUUAUAUGGAAGAUUUUUCUCCGUAAUUGUGAGAUUUUUAAAACAUAGAACAAAUUUAAGAACUAUAAUAUUUCUGAAAGUUUUUUAAAAUACUAUUUAAGCAGAUAGUCUUGAGUUUCUUCAUUCAAAAUAUUUUUAAAAAAUUUCACUUAACUGCACAGGACUAUUGAAGAAUUAUUCCUUUUUCUGACUCUCAGUUAUCAAACUUCUCUUUCCAAAGGUCAAAGAAUAGUCAUUAGUCUAGUAAGUAAAGUUAACUAAGAAAUUAUUUUAUCACUACUAGAAAAUCUAGAAAUUGCCAGUGGAAAAAUGCAUUUGGUUACUGGAGGUCUGUCAGGAGGAUUGUUUUAUGUAAUUUCAAACCCAGUGGUGUUUGAUAUUGUUCACUUAAAAAAGUUCCUUGUAACCUAGUCUUUACCAAGUCCCCUGAGUCAAGUUUUUAAAACCAGCAGCUUCAGUAAUGUGCCAAGUAUAUGUGAGCAUUCAUUUAACCUAGCAGCUCUAAUGCACAGGAGGGAACAACGCCUUAAGAAAGGUUAAAAGGAAAACUCCAGCAAUUAAUACUAAUAAACCAGAAAGUUAAAGUAACCAUAAUAAAACAUCUACUUUUUACUACAGACCCAUUCCUUUAUUAAGAGCCGCCUGUUUGGUAAACAUACCUCUGCCACAGCAGCCACCGGCAAGUAAUUAAGUUUAAUAGGAGCUGCUCUUAUUUUGAAGAAGUUCUCUGUUUAAAGCCACAGAGGGGGAAGUUAUUAAAUUUAAUGGACCCUAAACAAAGGCAAAGCCCUGUGUUAACAAUGGAAUGCUUAAUAUUCAUUUUUAUCAACCAUGAUUGAUUGGAUGUUUUUUUGCAUUCUGUAAGUCAAAAUUUAUUAUGCUUUCUUUCCCUAAAAAUAGAUUAUCUUUUGACAAGAGUAGAUGUGUUUUAAUCUAACUUGGAUCUCAGUUUACUCUAACUUUUGAUUUACUUGUGCUGAGGACCAAAGAAGUGGUUUCUAUUCCUGCUAGAUCAGUUGGAGGCAGUUGACCCUGCUUACAAAAUUGACUUAAGUUUGAUUAUAUGACUAAUUACAGUUAUUUGUAGCUAGACUGAGGCACGAAAGCUCAGAAUGAAACCUCUCUAUAUAAUUUGACUCUGGUUUUAUACAUGGUUCUUGUCAGUUGUUGUUGUGAGGAUUUAGUUCUGACACAUGUACAACCACCCACACAUAGGGAAAAGAUUUAGUAAUGAAAGGAAUCAUGCUUAUGCAGGAAUGGUGAACACAUGGUUGUAAAUUUUAUUGAAAGAUUUGCUAUAGUCUCCUUUUCAUAGAAGUAAACCUGGGAGUGUGAGCCUCAUUUCACCAAAAGUAUUAAUUUUCUCAUGAUACAAUGGUUUCUCUGGUGCACUGUAUCUGAGAAGAAGGUUGAGGCAAUUUAACUUAGGAAACCAGAGUUUUAUUUUCAAUGUCAUUAAAGAUUCUUUGGUAUUUGAAGAAAAAUCAGUUCAUUUAUUGUGUCUCAGUGGUCCUGUAUAAAUGAAUUACUCAAAAUUGCCCAUCUAUAUGACUCUAGAGGUUCUGCAAGGAUUAAGAUGACAUCUGUCCAUUUGUUCUUAGGACUUUUAGUAAAGAAAUUUACCUUACCAAGUGAAUGCCAGUGGAAAACUGCAUUGCAUCACUAGUUUCAAAAGAGUAGAAAAAUGAUAUUAUGUAUGUGUUUUUAAAUCAAUACAUAUUUUUUAGACUAGUUUUAGGUUUACAGAAAAAGUGAGCAGAAAGUACAGAGUUCCCACAUCUCCCCUAUUAUCUUCUAUUCUACUUUGUCCCCUUUACUUACAUCUUGCAUUUGUUACAACUGAUGAAUCAAUAUUGAUACAUUGUUAGGAAAUUAAGUCUAUAGUUUACCUUAGGCUUCCUUCAAAGUGUUAUGCAAUACUAUGGGUUUUGACAAUAUGUAUACUACCACGUAUCCACCACUACAGAAUCAUACAGAAUAGUUUCCCUACCCUAUACACCCCCUAUUUAUCUUGCCCUCUCUUCUCUCCUCCCAAGGAGAGUUGAUAUAAAUGACUGCCUAAAGGGGAAUGUUUAGAAAUGGGCAAAAUUAAGAAAAAUUAGCAGCUACAGAUAUUUUUACUGUCUCUUUGGUUUUGCCUUUUUGAGAAUGUCAUAUAGUUGGAAUCAUACAAUAUGUAGCUUUUUUGGACUGGCUUCUUUCACUGAGUAAUAUGUAUUUAAGUCUCCUCCAUGUCUUUUCAUAGCUUAAGAGGAGGGAGCAUUUUUUUCUGCUAUUUAAUAGUGUUAUUUUGUAAGGAUGCUGUUGUAAUUUUAAAAACAUAAGGAUGUUCUCGUUGCACCUAGAAAUAAUAUCUCCCUAAUUCCUUUUGUUACUUUGUCAGUGAUCUUUCUUGUUAGAAAAUAUUUUAUGCAUUUCUUCCUAAGGAAGUAGUUCCUCUGCCAUAUAAACUGUUAUCAAAUGGUUUUCCAUAUCUUUAGUAUCUUUAGUCUGUUUUUUUAAUUAAAAUAUUUUUCUUAAUUUUGCUCAUAGAUAACAUUUCUAAACAUUCACCUUUAGGCAGUCAUUUAUAUCAAUCAACUCAAGUAUAAAAUAGACCUAGUUAAAGAUAACAAUCCAUUUAUGCAAUUACUUAGCUACCUUCAAGAAUAUUUGACCCUUUGGUUAAAGAGUGCUCCUUUUCUCUUGCAGAUGCCUGGCAUUUCUGAAAUAUGCCAUAUGCUGCUUUCUACUUCCAUGCAGCCCACUUCUCUGCAUUGGUAGGGAGGAUCCUGUUGUUCCUCUUAGGAAUUCCCAUUUCAGCUACUACUUUUCUCUUAGUGAAUCAUUCUCUUAUCUAGAAUCUGCUCUGUGUCAUCUCUAUAUUUUGGACACACCUCUAAUGUGUACACAUCUUCUUUUAGUAUAAUAUUUUGAUUAUGUGCUGUUUUCUUUCUAUAGAAAGUAAACUUCUCAAGGACAGUGCCUUUGAAUCCUUGUAGCUUGGCACAGUUUUUGGCAUAUAGUAGGUGCUUGGUAAUGUGCAGUGAAACAAGUAUUAGUGAGAAAGAAGAUAGGGAAAAAAAAGGAAGAAGGGCAGGUAGAAGAAGAAAGGGAAAGAGAAGAAAAAAGAUAUUGUUCACCUGGAAUAAGAAAGGGCAAAACAAGGGAAACUUUAUUACUGAUAAGGACAGGAAAUAGUGCAGUAAGAGUGUAUAUAAGCAGUAUAUAUUUUUUAAAGUCUCUAAGACUUUUUGCAAUGUGUUUCAUAUUUAGAACACAUAUCAAGACUACAUCUGUUUCCAGAACUGUUAGCAACAGUUAGUAAUAAUGCCAAGACAUACUUUAGGUCCAGUUUGAAAUCAAAUGAUCAAAUAGUAUUUUUGAUUUCUAAUUUAGAAUCUGACAAUAAUUAUAGUCAUCAUGUAAUAAAGUGUCAAAGUUUUUUUUUUCUGAGAAAUGAUAGAAAUUAUAUUAACUAAGUUGUAAACCAAAGGCAAAGGUAUUCCUCUAAAAGAGAGCAAAAGUUCUGGUUUUGACAACUAUUAUUUCUCAUGAACUCUUACCUUCUUCAAGUUGGAAUUUUUAUAUACUCCUGUUCCAUUUUGAAUCUUUCCUAUGGGAUGUGGUUUAAUGUCACCUCACUGUCAUGGUCAGUGGUCUGUGGGUGCACUGUAGUUUAUCAGUGUCCGUCUUAAUGCCUGGUACCAGAGUUGAACUCCUCCUUUAUUUUUAGCCUUUGCUAGGGUGGGCUAAAAUGACUGUUUUUCUUUUGGUGACCACAUUGCACUAUUUUUUCAUAUUUGUCCGCUCAGUCAAGCUGCAUUUUCCCCAUUUUUUAACUUUUUAAAGCUGCUUUUAAAAAUCCGUGUAUGAUACUUUCCAAUUGUUCUUGUUAGGCUUAUUGCAUUUAAUUCAGGUGAUAAUUUUUGCCUACCAAGAGCUUUAUAGACUUUAAUAAUGUCAUAUGAUAAUAGCCUCUUGUAUUCCUUCCUAGGUAAGAAUCCUUUUUUCAGUUCACUUGAAUCAUUUCAAUUUAGCUCAGCAAGUAUUUAGCAUAUACCUAAAAUGUGCUUAGGCAGGCAAGGAAUGAAAAAGACAUAAAGACAAGAAAUUUUUAGUCUUACCAAGAAAACAACAGAAAGCCAAUAUGACACAGUUUUAUCAUGUAGCCAGCCUGUGCAGAUGUUAGAAUAAACAAAGAAUGCCCAGGAUUUUAGUGAAAGGAAACUUUUUGUUUGUUUGUUUGUUUUACCCAUCUGCUCUAUUAAUUCACAUCUAUAACCACUUUAAAACCAUUUCCUUUAGGAAAAUUUAAAAAUCCAUUCCCUCUGUGAUGAUACUUUGAGUUGCUUCAAUGAUUAUAUUUUCAACUUGAAAAAAAUUACCUGUGUUGUGUGUGGCUUCAUAAUGUUUUUUAAGAUAUG